AAAAUGUAUCUGUGUAUUUAUCUUUUCAUGUUAAUCAUACCUGUGGAACUUAAUGAAAGUAAUCAGGCAAAUGAGAAUACAGAAAAAGGUGGACUAUGCAGCGCAUGUACAUGGAGGCAGAAUACAAAAUCUUCAAGAAUAGAAGCUAUAAAAAUCCAGAUCCUCAGUAAACUGCGUCUAGAACAAGCACCUAACAUUAGCCGGGAUAUUAUAAGGCAACUAUUACCUAAAGCUCCUCCACUACAAGAACUGAUUGAUCAGUAUGAUAUCCAGAGAGAUGACAAUAGUGAUGACUCUUUAGAAGAUGAUGAUUAUCAUGCUACAACAGAAACUAUUAUUACAAUGCCUACAGACUCUGAUUUUCCUAUACCCGUGGAAGGAAAACCCAAAUGUUGCUUCUUUAAAUUUAGUUCUAAAAUACAGUAUAACAGAGUAGUUAAAGCCCAGUUGUGGAUUUACUUAAGACAAGUCCAGAGGCCUACAACAAUAUUUGUGCAGAUCCUGAGACUCAUCAGACCUAUGAAAGAUGGUACAUCUUCGAUUGCAAUUCGAUCCUUGAAACUUGACAUGAACCCUGGCAAUGGUAUUUGGCAGAGCAUUGAUGUGAAGACUAUUUUGCAAAAUUGGCUUAAACAACCUGAAUCCAACUUGGGCAUUGAAAUCAAAGCUUUGAAUGAAAAGGGAAGAGAUAUUGCAGUGACCUACCCAGGACCAGGAGAAGAAGGCUUGAAUCCUUUUUUAGAGGUCAAGAUUACAGAUACGCCAAAAAGAUCACGUAGAGAUUUUGGGCUUGACUGUGACGAACACUCAACAGAAUCUCGAUGUUGUCGUUACCCAUUGACAGUGGAUUUUGAAGCCUUUGGAUGGGACUGGAUUAUUGCACCCAAAAGAUAUAAAGCAAACUAUUGCUCUGGAGAAUGUGAAUUUGUAUUUUUACAAAAAUAUCCACAUACUCAUCUGGUACAUCAAGCAAAUCCAAGAGGUUCAGCUGGCCCUUGCUGCACACCUACUAAGAUGUCUCCAAUAAAUAUGCUGUAUUUCAAUGGAAAAGAACAAAUAAUAUAUGGGAAAAUACCAGCUAUGGUAGUAGAUCGUUGUGGCUGCUCAUGA